CUCAGAGUCAGAGGCGGGGGAAUAUUUUGAAAGCAAGAGUGAUAAAGGGAUACUUGAGAUAUCCGGAGUCUGACUGAGCUAUAAGGAAAGGAUUCAGCUACAAGACCGUACUGAGCCAUGGAAGUUUGUGAAGAAAUAUCUAUGGUUAAUAAUAUGCGAAAACGGCAGUGUAUGGACGAUGUAAUGGAACAGUCACAUAACAAGCGCGCAUGCAAAGGGUUAAAUGGCAUCAGGAAUGGAAAUGGCAUUUUAGUUCACCCGCUGAAUGAAUGUGAUUUGAUAUACUGGCAGGUGCAGCUGUCACAAGAUAAAAAUACAUCAACACACGAGUUCAUCUCCAAGAUGGAGGUGCAGCAGAAUUCAAUGAAUUUUCAAAAUUAUGGAAAUGCUGGUUCUAGUCAGCCGUGCCAAAGAUGCAUUGCAGGGGAAUCUGGUCACAUUAACCACAUCCUUGGUCUCUAGAGAAUGAAAUCAUCUUCCUUUUUUAUAUACUUCUCAGACAGUACUGAGAUUCCACUAUGGGAAAGAGAAAUCUAACACAUUUAAUAAGUUUUGUAAACAUGUGUAUAUAUGCCCGGACUUUUGCCUUAUUCUUAAACAUAACCAACAAAGCAGAUGACCUCACACAAGUGAAAUGUCUACUCCAAGCAACAGUCUCAACUGCUGGCAGUAAUUGGUUGCUCAGAUAUGGACACUACUUUUUAUAACAUUAUAUAAAAACAUAUCCAUUUUCCCUGGAAAAGUAUUACAUAGUUCAUAAUCCUUUUAAAUAACAAUAUAAUCCUUAGUAUUUUGAUACUAUGUUUUUGUUCUACAAUUAGAAUGAAGUAUAUUUUUAUACAUUUUAUAUGACAUUAUCAUAGCUAUGCAAAUGGUAAAACCACUGUCUGUUAUUUCUAGUAUUAUUUAGAAUCCUACUGCUUCUUAACCCCUUUGUGGCUGUACUAUAGUGUUCACUCCGAUGUAAACACUUCGUAAAAAUGAAAUCACGCAAUUGUCAAUGCGACUGCGUGAUUUCAAGGCCAGGAUUGGAUCAUGGCGGACUACCUACGCUAAUAGGCACGACUUCCAGGCCGAUCCUCGCAGGACGCUGUAUAUGGAAGAACGUUCCAUGCUAUCCGAACGGCGUUAAAGCCCAGCUUUGUUAGGACGACAUGGAACGUCCUAACAGCAUAAAGGGGUUAAUUAUCAUGUGUUAAAAAAUAGAUUUAUUUACUGAACUGUUAAAAUAUUUUUUUAAAUUGACAUUCUUAUUAGUGUAUAGUAUAAAGUAGUAUCAAGUAUAAAGAUAUUUGAUUUUUAAUAUCCGAGAUAAAUGUUUAAAAAUUAUUUUUUAUAUAUCCACAAUUUUAUGGAUAGCAAAGUAUAGUUAAAAAUAAAUUUCCAACCUUACUUUGAACUACAGAUGUGAAGUUAUAUUAAAAUGACCAUUUGACUUGAGUGUUUUUAGUACAUUGUCUCCUGUUAAUGUGGGGAUAGGAUUGACUUUGAAUGUGAGAUGAAUGCUUGUUUGCUUUUAUUAUGUCUGAUUAAAGGACCAUUAAAUAGUAGACUUGCAUAAUACAAAGACAAUAGCACUUAGUCUGAAUUUCAAAUGAGUCGUAGAUUUUAUUUAUUUUUUCAGACAAAUUUCAAUUAGUUCAAUUUCUUUCCCUUUGCAUCAUGUGACAGCCAUCAGCCAAUCACAAGAUGCAUAAAUGUAUAUACUGUGAAUUCUUGUGCAUAUAAAAAGGUUGUGCACAUUUUGAUAAUUAAAGUGAAUUGGAAAGUU